CGGUUACAUGAUCAAGCCGUUUUGUACGAGCGCCGUCUUGAAGCCGACAUUUCCCAGACCAUCAUGCAAUGCCCCUACACCGCAGCCAUUGUUUAUUUGGUGAAGGAGUCUCAAGUCAGCAAUCUCCUCCUCUCGCUUUCUCUACUCUGGCAUAAUGUUCCAAUGCAAUGCUCCUAUCCCAUCGUGCUUUUCCAUGAUGGCUACUUCCGACCAGCAUACGUCCAGCGCGCGUUUCGUGACAAGUUGUUGCUGUUGCUGAUGGGACGAAUGGAAAAGGACGGACACGGUGUUGUGUUGAAAAUGCUGGAGGCGAUCAACGGGAUCGAGUUUAUCGAACUGGAACCAAGACUUCCAAGAGGCGUGAGCAGUAAUAUUGAUGUCGUCGACCCGGUAUUUCCGGACGUUUGGCCGGGUUAUCAUCAUAUGUGUCAGUUCUUCUUCUCUGGUAUAUUCGAGCAUCCCCGCAUUCGGAAUCUCGACUACUAUCUUCGUCUCGACACCGACUCGUUCAUCGUCGAUCAAGUGUCUUACGACCCCAUCGGGGCACUUUUCAAGGAUAAGAAGAAGUACGGCUUUGUGGCAAUCGCAACGGAUCCACAGUUUGUCACCGAGGGGUUCUUCCCUUUCGUUCAAGCAUUCGUGGCGCGUCGUCCCGAGAUAAAAACCCAGCUAGAAAAGAAUGGCUGGAAGUACCCCGACAGCCAGCGACCAUUCACGUACCAGAAUAACUUCGAGGUGGUACAUAUUCCGAGCUUCCGCACCCCUGAAGUGAUGUCCUGGGUGAACAUUGUCAACCGGAAUCCGCUGCUGAUUUUCAAGUACCGUUGGGGUGACGCACCGCUCAGAUAUGCAACGACGCAUAUGUUCUUUGAUGUCGAACACGACGUUGAAAUGUUCUGUGACCUGCCUUACUAUCAUCAGGUGCACAUACCAAGCUGCUCUUACGCAGACAACAGUACGCUCUCUCAGACAUUCUGA